CGAUUAUUUUGGUUUAAUCUUGUUUUGUGCAGGUUGGGUGUACCAUAUUUGAAAUGCCUUCUUUGAACUUUCUGUACAAUUCUCAGCCUUGGGAAGAUGAGGACUUUGGCUGAAGGAACAGAAUAGAGAGCUGAUAGGAGAAAUGGGAAAUUGAAAAAUAAAAAUAACAGUUGCAAAAAGGCUAAGAUACCCAGGGCUGGAGGAUUCCGCUCACUCUUCACUCACAACAGAUUCGCUUCAGCCCUCAGCUGCAGGUUUCUUCCCAGUAGACACAGGAAACAGAAGAAGUGGGCAAAAACCUCAAAAUACAAUGUAGUUUCGAUUUCGGUUUUAUCUUAGCCGGCUGUAAGAGCUGGGCUGUUUUCAGAACUGUGGUUUCCGCGGGCUAGAGCGGCUGAGAACUUGUCCCUCGCUGCAGCGCCGGCGCUAGGUUACCAUGGCAUCAGAAUCUAUCAUGGAGGCUCCAGUUUGUCUGGUGGAAAACAAGAAAGGGCAGCUGACCGUGAAUUCCAAAACCCUAAGGAUUCUUGACAAGAUAUCUCAACCGGUGGUGGUGGUGGCCAUUGUAGGUAUAUAUCGUACUGGAAAAUCCUACCUCAUGAAUCGUCUGGCAGGGCAGAACCAUGGAUUUGCUCUGGGGUCCACAGUACAAUCUAAAACCAAGGGCAUCUGGAUGUGGUGUGUUCCCCACCCCACCAAGCCAAACCAUACCCUGGUCCUUCUGGAUACUGAGGGCCUGGGAGAUGUGGAAAAGGCUGAUCCUAAGAAUGACUCGUGGAUCUUUGCCCUGGCCGUGCUUCUGAGCAGCGUCUUUGUCUACAACAGCAUGAGCACCAUCAACCACCAGGCCCUGGAGCAGCUGCACUAUGUGACUGAAUUAACACAGCUGAUCAGGACAAAAGCUAGCUCUGGACCUGAUGAAAUAGAGGACUCUGCCGAGUUUGUAAGUUUCUUUCCAGACUUUAUUUGGGCUGUUCGGGAUUUCACACUGGAGCUGAAGUUAGGUGGACGUCCCAUCACCGAAGAUGAGUACCUGGAGAAUGCCUUGAAGCUGAUUCCAGGGAAAAAUCCCCAAAUCCAAAAUUCCAACAUUCCUAGAGAGUGUAUCAGAUAUUUCUUUCCAGUACGGAAGUGCUUUGUCUUUGACCGGCCUACAAAUGAUAAGAACUUAUUAUUCAGUAUUGAAGAUGUUCCAGAAAGCCAGCUGGAAUGGAGUUUUCAGAUGCAAUCAAAAAAUUUCUGUUCAUAUAUUUUUACCCAUGCAAAGACCAAGAGGCUGAGAGAAGGAAUCGUUGUCACUGGAAAUCGGCUGGGGACUCUGGUGGAGACCUAUGUGAAGGCCAUUAAUAGUGGGGCAGUGCCUUGCUUGGAGAAUGCAGUGACCACUCUGGCCCAGCGAGAGAACUCAGCAGCCAUGCAGAAGGCAGCCAGCCACUAUAGCGAGCAGAUGGCCCAGCGAGUGCAGUUCCCCACAGACACGCUACAGGAGCUGUUGGACAUGCACACAGCCUGUGAGAAGGAGGCCAUCAAGGUCUUCAUGGAUCACUCCUUCAAGGAUGAAAAUCAGGAAUUUCAGAAGCAGCUGGUGAGCACCAUGGAGAGAAGGAAGGAAGAUUUCUUGCUGCAAAAUGAAGCUGUAUCUAUCAAGUACUGCCAGGAUAAGCUGGAGCAGCUCUCAGCGUCACUGAUGAAAAACAUUUCAGAAGGAAUUUUCUCUGUUCCUGGAGGCCAUGGUCUCUACUUAGAAGCAAAAAGAGGGGUUGAAGAGGGCUACAAGCAUGUGCCCAGGAAAGGAGUUAAGGCAAAUGAGGUCCUCCAGAGCUUCCUCCUGUCUCAGGCUACUAUAGAAAAAUCCAUCCUACAAUCAGACAAAGCCCUCACUGAUGGAGAGAGGGCAAUAGCAGCUGAGAGGACCAAGAAGGAAGCAGCUGAGAAGGAGAAGGAGCUGCUAAAGCAGAAAAGCAAGGAGCAGCAGCAAAUGAUGGAGGCUCAAGAGAGAAGCUUCAGGGAAAAUGUGGCUCAGCUAAAGGAGAAGAUGGAGAGGGAAAAGGAGGACAUUCUGAGGGAACAGGAAAGGAUGUUGGAGCACAAGCUGAAGGUCCAAAGAGAGCUACUUAUGGAUGGCUUUAAAAAGAAAUCUGAAGCAUUAAAUAGAGAGAUACACCAAAUAAAAGAAGAGAUUACAAGAACUAGGAAGAAGAAAUCCUCUUUCUUUUCACAGCUCUUUGAUACAAUUGGUGAUGUUUUUAUAGCAGUAUUGCCUGGGGCUGGUAAAAUGGUUGGUUUAGGGAUGAAAAUGCUCGGUUCACAAAUGCAAUAAUCUGAGAGUUCUUGGCACAAAAAUAAUAAAAUGAGACUUCUUUAAUUUUAAUAGCAUAAGCAUAUGACUCAUAAAGUGUAUGUCAUAGCAGUUUUAUUCAUGAAAAAAUUAAGACAGAAAGUAAUCAAAGAAUGGCAGAGGUAUCCAUAAAAAUGAAAUAGAUUUUGAUUGAAUUAAUUAAUUUAAAGAAGUGGGAAACAAGUUAGAAGAUAAUGAAAUUAUUUCUACAAAAGAUUUAAGUAAAGCAAAAACCAAUGGAAUGAUGAAGAAAAGAUUAGCAGAUUAUAUUUUAAUCAUGAAGAUAAUUUAAAUUAUGGAGAGCUCUUCUGAGAAUAGGCCAAUAACAUUUUUAAAUAAACAUAUAAGAAAAAUGUUUCCACUUUGACAUAAUGAAAGUGGUGCAAAGUAAAACUAUGAAGUUUUUGUUUCACCUCAAUUAUGGGCAAGAAAAAUGGUUUUGACAAAACCUUAAGCUGACUAGGGGUUAAGAGAAGUUAACAGUCUCAUAUUUGCUACUGAGAAUAUGAACUAUUGAAAUAAUAUAUCAAAAAUUAAAAUGCACAUACCUGUGAUUUAACAAUACUGCAUUAGGGAUUUUUUUUAUGGCUUUAGCCUAGUUGAAAAUGCCAUUUUUAAUAUUUUAUUUGUUGAGGAUCAUUUGAAUUCUAGAACAAUGGAAACCACUUUAAAGUUCCUCUGUUAGUUGUUGGUACGUAAAUUUCAAAACAUGCUUUAAGAAAAAUACUGUAUAGUCACUAAAAUGAAAGAGGACACUUUCAUUAAUAUUAAUAUGAGGGAUGUUAAUAUGAAAACAUAUUAGUAUCAGAUAUUAAUAUGAGAAUGUCUCUAAGAUGUAAGUGACAAAAAGUAUAGAAAGUGUAUAAGGUUACUGUCAUAGAAUUUAGAAAAUAAUGACUAACUUUGAAAAAAUAGCUAACUCUGAAACUCCUUUUGUGCUUUUAAUUGUAUGAAUGUGUUGCUUAUUUGAACAAAUAUAUACAAUUAUUAAAAUUGAAAUUAUAAAUAAAAUAAAAUAUGGCUGGGAAAUUUUCCCUGAUAGGAUGACAGAGCCAUCAGACGGCAAUAUUGUGAUGCCUCCUUAUUUCUUUCUUCCACCUAACGUCCUAAGAGCACAACCUGCUUUCUUCAGGGUUUUGAAGUAGUACUUGGUCACCUGCUAUUUUUCUUCAUGAAAACCACUGGCAAGAGAACUCCUGCUUCUGUCACUGACAGGAUGGCUGUGAAUGCAGUGCAUCGAGAUGUUCUGUGAGGGCAGUGAGAGAGCAGGACACAUCCUGCUUCCCCAUCGCAUCUCCCCAAUGCACAGAACCGGCAUUAGACAAAUAAAACAUUCGAUAAG